AUGGAGACUGAGAUCGUCAUUAUGGAGCUUGAUAUCAGUUCCAUCUGUUUCGCAUGUAACUUCGUUGCCGAUUUCAAAUCUUCAGAGUGAUGUCCUUGGACAAGUUGUCUUGGGGAGAUGGUGAUGCUAGAGACCGCUAACAAACCAGCGAAGAAGCUCCAACUUGAACUGGGACAUUGUACCUUAUGGAAUUCAAUGGCCGAGGAAAUGCUGAAGCAUGCGAGAGUGAUGGAGAUGAAAGGGUCAUUUGUCUAUUAA